AUUGCAGUGGGAAUUUAACACCUUCCACCUUCAGUUCAGGAGCUUUGCAGGAGUGUCUGCGCUGCCGACCGCUCUUGCAGGUAAUCGAAUGUCUUUUUGAGCUCCUGUUUUGAGAGGAUCUAUUUCUAAAAUGUCAUUUUACUACCCUGGUUGGAUAAACUGAAACCCUAAUUUUGUAGCAAUAAUCAAAGGAGGUGUGUAUUUUUAGUAGAAGCUCUAGCUGCGAUAUUGUUUUUGGGCAGUAUCCAAAAAUAAAAGUACAACAACAACCCAUUUGUGGCAAAAAAAAAAAAAAAGAAAUUUGGCACAAAAGUGACUGAGUGGGAAGUUUAGAGAAUUAAGCAUGAUUUUGAACAGUAUGUGUGUGUGUGUGUGUGUGUGUGUGUGUGUGUGUGUGUGUGUUCGCAGGAGACGUGGAGGUGUGAGAAGUCAUGGCUGGAAGAAGGAGAACCAGUUUCUCCGGGGUGUUCAUCACCGCUGUGCUGGCUGUGAUGCUGCUGCCUGCUUUCUUGUCUGCUGGACCAAUCGGGCAAAAGGCCAAAGGAGAUGCCGGAGAGAGCGUCCAGGAGAAGGCGGCGGCGGCGGCGUCACACAGGAGGCUGAUCCGCAACCGCAGGAACAUCAGCUGGUACAAGCAGCACUCUGACUUCUGGAACUGGUACAAGUUCUUCACUGACAACGGCAACCAGGAGGCAGUUCAGGAGAUGGAUCGCAUCUACCUGGCCUACCUCCAGAACAAGAACCGCGCUGAGGGGCGUCGCUCCUACAAGGCCUACCUGCGCCACCUGGGGGAGAUCUACAAGUCCUGCGCCGACUCCGACGACCCCAACUGUGUGGCUUCCUACACCAGCAGGCCCAAGCCCAAACCCGAACCCCCCAAGCCUGCACCAGUCAAAACCUGUGACCCCACCAAGGACCCUUACUGCCUGUAUGCCGCUUUGGUCCAGGGGAAGAGUCCCUACCUGCCCCUGGUGCUGCCAGCUGCCACCCCUGCCCCAGCUCCAGUGAAGGCCCCGGCCCCUCUGUACGUCCGCUCUGCUGCCCCAGCAAAGGACCCACAGUCUGGGUAUUACUACUACUCUCCAUCUUCAACGCCUUUCCUCUCCAAGGAGCAGAAGGCCGAGCUGCUGCGUAUCUGCUCCUCUGAAGACGUCGAGUGUCUUCAGUACCACCUGAGAGCCGCCUAUGGGCACCUGCCCUCCGCCGGGUCCCUGCCCUCCUACGCCCACCUCGGCUGCGAUCCCAAGAAAGACCCCUCCUGCAAACCCAAACUGGUGCAGAAAGCCCCCUCUGGUCUCUACCUGCAGUACCCCAACUGCGAUCCGCUCAGGGAUCCCCUCUGCGCCUAUACUGCCUCCCUUUCCGCCCCCCGUGCCCCUAACCCCCCUGCCGCUGCUGGCCCGGGAUCCUGCAACCCUCUUUAUGAAGACGGCUGCAACCCUCUCACCGCCACCAAAUUUGCCAACCCCCCAGAGGCGUACAAAAACGAGGAGACGGACGAGGCUGCGGCGAUUCGCGUGGCCCCGCCUGCUGCUGAGCACAACAACGAUCCCUAUGCCAUGUUUAGGGAUGCUUAUGCUAGCGCUCAUGCUAACAGACUGUCUGAUCCUUAUGCUAUGUUCCGCCAGGCCAGCGCCCCGACUCCUCCUCCAGCUAGUGAUCCGUAUGCCAUUAUCCGCCGAUACAUGGCCCAAGCUCAAGCUAAUGACCCACAUGCUCCACGCAUGGAGACUGCUCCAGAGUCUGACCCCAAUGAUCCUUACGCUGCGAUCCGCGAGGCAGCGGCCGCCAUGCACCGCCGUGGCCCCCCCAACCCCAGGCAGCAGUUCCCUUUUUCCAACCCCAAUUAUGAGCAGCCAGCCCAGGAGGAGCGCCACCUUCUGGGCCCCCCAGGUAAAACCAAGGAGGGCUAUGACUGCUUCAUCGGCUACGACCGUGAAUGCUUCCCCGUGAAGCCCAACGAGCCUCGCUCCGGAGUUCACCGUCGCAUCCCCUACCCCGCCGAGGCCUACGAGCCCCACCUGAACGCCGACGGCACACGAAACGGAGUCCUGGAGCCCACCAACCCUCACUGCGACCCCGAGUACGACCGAGACUGCCGCCUGCGUCGCUUCGAGCCCGAGCAGGCCCGCGUCGAGGCCCAGCCCGAGCAUCACGCCGAGGAGGACCACAACCAGGGGGCGGCAGACAGCGAGCGGCAGGAGCAGGAGCAGUACGAGACGGAGCCCUACCAGAGUGGCCAGGAGGAGCCUCACAUGUCCUACCAGCCGCUGUCAAUGGGAAUGCCCAGCCUGCAGGACAUACUGAGGCGCUACGGAGACCAGUUCCCUGAGCAGGAGGAACAUAGAGCUUACGGAGACGACUACCGCAAGAAAUAAACAUGCAAAAACACACUCCUGCAUGCAGACGGACAUGAAUACACAGUCCCCCGUGCAUUCUUGUAGCUUAGCCCCAUGACCGCCUCACGCAGUGCACAACCAGUCCAGACUGGACCAGUUUACGGGACACAUGAGAAGUCUAUGGACCCAGUGAGCGAGCACAUGCACGUACAUCCACACACAUAGCUUCCAGCCGCAGGAGCGCGCUCAGAGAGCUGAGCGUGUUCCAGAAACCUUUUCACCUCUGUAGCUGCUUCACACCUGUUGCUUUGGCCUAUCGCUUUUUUUUUCCAGCUUCCACCUCAAACCUCCUCGAUCCGCUCGAAUGUGUAAUGACCUCCCGACGCUCAGCUUCGCUUCUGUAUCUUUGCAUCUCACUUUUUUUUUUAUUUGUUUGUUGCUUUUUGUCAG